UCGGAGACUGGCGCCGAUCUGGGAGAACUUAUUCCCUGUGAGGGCAAGUGGCCUGUUGUUAUUAGACAGACCUGCCGAUACGUAUUCUUGGAGCAAAUGUUUUCCCUCGUCAAUGACAUCUACAGCAUCUUCUCCGCCUGGAUGAGUGAGAAUAAAGACGGCUGUCCAAAGUUCUCCUACUAUGGUCCCAGGGUCGAUGAGCCCAAGGAAAGUGACACCAAGGCCGGCGCUCUCGAAGAAGGCGCUGCAACGCCCGGCUCCGACCAGAACAUGGCCCCGACGAAAGACGACCAGUCCGGUUCUCCUCCUCAACCGGAGCAAAUCCAAGAGUCCAAGGAGGCUCAAGGAGACAGCAAAGAUCCGGCUGUCUGCAGGGAUAAUCCUCUGUCUAACAGCACUUCCGAACCCAUCCAGGAGAUCCCUUCUGGACAACGAGGUUUGUUCGUUACGGAAGAUGAGGUUCUGCCGUCACACGCCUUCUAUUCUGCGCCACGGUGUCGACCUAAAAAAGCCUUCCUGACCGCCUGGCAGAGGGAUUCUAUUGUCGAAUUGGCCGACACUCGUGUUAUUGUAUUUAUUGUGCAAGGAUCUACAGCCCAGGUGUCUGAAGCACAAGUCCAGGAACGGAAUUGGGGCAGCAUUUGGUAG